UUGAGAAAUGUACGGUUCUGCUUUUUGAAGAUGAAUAAACUGCUUAUUAAACUGGUGUCUUUCUUAGUUGAUGCAGUAGCCUCCAACCAGUGUACUGGGCACGAUCCCCCUUUCAGUGUUGUGUUAGACCUUUUUAAAUCAACAUGUCUCUCAUAUGAACACAUUCAUUUUGUAUUUGCAUAUGUACCUGUAAAUACAACAAAAUCAUAACCUAUAUUUUAAUAUAAUUUAUAAUAUUUCUAAUCAAGGACAAGUUUUAAUAAAUUCUUUUUAAUUUAUUUAUGGAGAAAUCUUUAGUGUUUUUUUAUCUUAUGGUGACAUCGUCAUACAUCGAGAAUGGAGUAAAUGGACAAAUAAUAGGAUUCAGAGUGGAGUCCAGUACUGGGGUGGAUUUUGUCGAAGAUUUGAUACCGGAAUUUCAAGAAGGCGCUAACAUCGUACUGAGAUUUUUUGGAAAUUUUAAACAAGGUGAUGAAAUCGGUCUAACAGACCACAUCUCAACAUGUAACUUCCUAAUGAAGGAUGAUUUUCCUAUUACUGUAGAAUCGGCCGAGUUAGCGAAGGUAUCUUUGGAGCUACCAAUUUUAUCAGAACAUAAAACAGCUGUGUAUUUUUGUUUGAAGAGGGGUGCAAACUGGACCCACCAAGGAACAUCAGAAUGGUUAAAGUUUUAUGUAAGGCACCCGCUGUUGCCGAUGUGGAUAAAUAUGGUUGUCAUGGUAUUUUCCAUUCUUUUGUCUUCUCUGUUCAACGGUUUAGCGCUUGGUCUUCUAUCCUUGAACGUUACAGAUCUCAAAGUGAUAGCAAAUGCAGGUGAAAAAAAUGAGAAGAAAUAUGCUCAAACUAUUUUACCUGUCCGGCAGAUGGGAAAUUAUCUGCUUUGUUCGAUAUUACUUGGUUCUACAGCUUUUAACUCAGUAUUUACAGUUAUUCUCGAUGAAUACUUGAGCAAUGGGAUAACUAUAGUUACUUCAACUUUGAUUAUCGUGAUAGGAUGUGAAGUGAUGCCAUGUUCAAUCGUGCCGAGAUUCGGUCUGAUGAUGGGCGCAAAAACAAUAUGGUUAACUCGUAUGAUAAUGAUCAUCACAGCACCAGUAUCUUAUCCCUUGGGAAAAUUUUUAGAUGCAAUACUCGGAGAAGAAGUUACUAUGUAUACCAAGGAAAAAUUCAAAGAGCUACUUAAGCUUACAAGUCAAUAUUCUCACGUUAAGAACGAUGAGAUAGCUAUAAUAUCUGGAGCUCUGGAAAUGAACACAAAAAAAGUGGAAGAUGUUAUGACACCCUUAGAAGAUGUGUACAUGCUACCGAUAACUUCCUACUUAGAUUUUGAAACAGUCGCAGGAAUAAUGAAAUCAGGUUAUUCCAGAAUUCCUAUAUACGAUGGAGAGAAAUCUAAUGUAGUGGCCCUCAUUUUCACAAGAGACUUAGCUUUAUUGGACCCAGAUGAUAAGACCCAAAUUAGACUCCUGGUAGAAAUUUACAAUCAUGAAGUUGUCUACAUGACGGCUGACACUACAUUAGAUGUAGCUUUUAGUAUGUUUAAAGAAGGAAGAAGAGGGCACCUGGCAUUUGUUACUACGCUGAAAGAUGGUGAAAAAAGACCUGAAGUAAUUGGAUUAGUGACAUUAGAAGACGUCAUUGAAGAGUUGAUACAAGCUGAGAUUGUAGAUGAAUUUGACUGUAUCCUGGAUAAUCGAUCAAAGAGAAAAAGAGAAAGAGCUAAAAUGGCCAGUGACUUUCUGACUGUUUUUGCAGAAAAAUUUGAAAGUCGUACAGUUUACAUCUCCCCGCAGCUGAGAAUAGCAGCUUUCCAGUAUCUAGAAUUUGAAGUGGAAGCAUUUCAUAAAGAGAAGGUCUCUCCAAAUGUAUUAAGAAGACUACUCUAUCAAGGAGUUAUAUACCAUGUUACUUCUAAGAAGAAAACAAAAACUGACAAACCAUUAAUAACAACUGGGGAAGCAGCUCAGUCGUUUGUUAUGGUGUUAGAGGGCAGAGUUGAAGUACAGUUAUCGGGCCCAGAAAAAUUAAAAUUCGAAAGCGGUCCAUUUACAUGCUUCGGCCUCUGUGCGCUCACAUCAAGCACAGAUCUCACGGAGAAAUAUGAUUAUACUGUUACUGCACUUGGAGAAGUAAGAUUUUUAAAAAUCUCCAAUGAACUGUAUCUAGCGGCUAGACGAGCUACACAAUAUGAGUACAGUUCGAAGGUUCCAGAUUUGACAAAUGAGCCUUUUCCGGCACUUUUUACGGAUAGUGAUUCAGAUAGAGGAGCACAAAAAGACGAUAGUAACGAUAUGCUGGAAACACAUAAAAAUAGUGACAUUAUUCUUAGAUCAACUUUAUAAAUGGAAUGUAUGGUGACGAACUGAAUAAAUACCCAUCGAGUAGACGUUAUCGAAAACCUGGUGCAUUCGUAUUAAUUCAUAAUACAACUCAUCGUAAUUAGCUGGAGAAUGAAGGAAUGUAUCGCCGUAUGUGAUAAAUAAAUUGAAGAUGUUAAUCACCUG